GCGUCAUGUGACACCAGGAAGUGAGACGUAUCAACAAAGUGAGGAUGCUGUGACGGCUUUGACGCCUCAUGUUUCAUUAUUCCUUACAUUUGCUGCAAAUACAAUGGCUUCAGUUAUUAAAGAAACGCAGAGCAUCAAGGAAGCGGUGACUCUCAUCAAUUCCAUAGAUGUGAACAAGUUCUCCCGAUUGAUCUCCCGCAUCAUCCAAAAGCUUCAUCUGAAGGGAGAACGGACAUUCAGCGAAGAGGAGGAGCAAAAACUUCAGAUGGCUUUUUCGGUGGAUAAACAGGCUCUCGACUUAAUCCUGGAAACAUCCGCUUUCAUUCUUGAGCAGGCAGUGUACCAUAAUGUGAAGCCAUCCUCUCUGCAGCAGCAGCUUCAGGGGAUCAACAUGAACCUCGACAAGGCUGAAGUGUUCUCUCAAACGUGGUCCACUUCUGGCCCCCAGCUGGUGGACCGACUAAAGCACAAUAUUUUUGCCCCUAAGAAGCUGGAUUUUGUCAGCUGGCAGUUGAACCUGCAGAUGGCCCAGUCCAGCCAGGCCAGACUCAAGUCCCCCAAUGCUGUGCUCCAACUGGGCCUCCACAAUGAAGACUCUCAGGUCCGGGAAAAUCUCUUCAUUGAGUUUAACCACCAGGAGCUGCUUGAGUUCUACAACAAGCUCGAAAUUGUACAAGGCCAACUGGAUUCCCUGACUUGAUCGUUGUAAAACACUCACUUGCAGACACACUCACACACUUUGGUGGUGUUUUACUGACAGCUUAAAAGAGUUUUGUAAGAAAAACAACACAUCUUUUGUCCUUCACUCAAGAAACGUAUGAUAAAUAUGAUUGUGUACCACGUUUUUUCAUAGCUGAGCUGUUGCAGAAAUGUAACUUCCGAUGUUUUGUCAAUGAAACAAUUUGUAAACAUCUUAAACAUGAUAAUUGGUGUGUUUGACUGUAAAUGGGUUUUCACUUGUCAUGUGAUUUAAAAAUAAAAUUAAAAAAAGACAUUCCAAUGUUAAGAGGAAAUUAAUGUCAAAGUACAGUUUGGAAGGCAAAUCAAGUAAUAUUGAAACAGAAUAAAAUCAGAUGUG